AUGUCAUCGAAACUGCGCGAUUCGCUAGCUCGAGAUGGCUUUGUUCGGAUACCCUCAGCCAUCGGGGCAGACCAGCUCGAAGCUUUGAGAGCUGCCUGUCAAUGCGUUGCGCGGUUGGCACGCACGGGAGACUGGCCUCACGUCAGGACUCUACCAAAGCAGUUUCCUCCCUGGAACGCAGAUAUUUCAGAGGGCAUAUGGGGUGUGCAACAUCUGAUGCAUCCCGAUCUCCCUUACCACGACACCUUUGCUGCCUCAUAUUUCGCACCUUACAUCAUCACCGCCGUGACCGACAUCUUGCAAUGCAGUCCUGACGACCUCGUUCUCGAAUUGUACAACCUUUUGAUUCGUCCUGACGCCGACUUCGCUCUUCGAUGGCAUCGGGAUGACAUUGGCCCUGACGUUUCGGCUCAAGACGAGUUGGAACGUCUGCAAGAGCCAAUGCUUCAUGCUCAAUGGAACCUAGCCCUAUAUCCCGAUCAGUCUCUAGUCGUCGUGCCCGGCUCCCAUAUGCGCUCAAGGACAGAGGAAGAACGGUGUGCGGACCCCUUCGAAGACAACAUGCCGGGACAGAUGAUUGUCACCAUGGAGCCUGGCGACAUCAUCUUCUACAACAACAACAUCCUGCAUAGAGGUGUGUACAGUAGCCAAGCGGAGAGAAUGACUCUCCAUGGAUCCAUGGGCAUCGUUGGCGCCGAUCCUGCCAGAGCUAGAAACGUGCUACAACACGGAAUCGGCGCGUGGGUCGGACGUUGUGACUUCAGCAAAAUGCAAGACCACACCAACGAUCAGGACUCUUCUGCUUUGGCAGACGACAUGCGGAGCAGGCUGGUAGCAAUGGGCUCGGGCCAGGUUCUGAGCUUUUCCCAGCCGUUCGACGAGUGA